CCUACGGCAGGCGGGAGGGACAAACUAUCCGUAACGUUUGGACUCUGGUUUCCAGGUUUGUUUCGUCAGGGUUUGUUGGCUGUGUCCCGCUUGGCGGAGGCGAAAUCUCUCGGCUGGACCAUGUCGGCCUUUGAGAAGCCUCAGAUCAUCUCCCAUAUCCAGAAGAGCCUCAAUUACACGGUGUUUGACUGUAAGUGGAUGCCCUGCAGCGCCAAAUUUGUGACCAUGGGCAACUUCGCACGGGGCACCGGCGUCAUUCAGCUGUACGAGAUCCAGCAAGGGGACCUAAAGCUGCUGCGGGAGAUUGAAAAGGCCAAACCUAUUAAAUGUGGAACAUUUGGCGCAACAUCUUUACAGCAGAGAUAUCUAGCCACUGGAGAUUUUGCUGGAAACCUUCAUAUAUGGAAUUUGGAAGCUCCAGAGGUCCCAGUGUAUUCUGUAAAGGGCCAUAAAGAAAUUAUAAACACUAUAGAUGGUGUUGGUGGACUUGGAAUCGGGGAAGGGGCACCUGAAAUUGUGACUGGCAGCCGAGAUGGAACCGUAAAGGUGUGGGACCCAAGGCAGAAAGAUGAUCCUGUUGCUAAUAUGGAACCCGUGCAGGGAGAAAACAAGAGAGACUGCUGGACUGUGGCAUUUGGCAAUGCGUAUAAUCAAGAGGAACGUGUCGUGUGUGCUGGCUAUGACAACGGAGACAUCAAGCUGUUUGAUCUCAGAAAUAUGUCCUUACGGUGGGAGACAAAUAUAAAAAAUGGGGUGUGUAGCUUGGAGUUUGACAGAAAAGACAUAAGUAUGAAUAAGUUAGUAGCUACAUCUCUGGAAGGAAAGUUUCAUGUUUUUGACAUGAGAACACAGCAUCCAACCAAAGGUUUUGCUUCUGUUUCAGAAAAGGCUCAUAAAUCUACUGUGUGGCAGGUCCGACACCUGCCACAGAACCGAGAGGUCUUCCUGACAGCGGGAGGCGCCGGCAGCCUGCACCUCUGGAAGUACGAAUACCCGAUUCAGCGAUCAAAGAAAGACUCCGAGGGUGUAGAGAUGGGAGUUGCAGGUUCCGUCAGCCUUCUGCAGAAUGUUACGUUGUCUACUCAGCCCAUUUCAAGUUUGGACUGGAGUCCAGAUAAGAGGGGUCUGUGCAUCUGUAGUUCAUUUGACCAAAUGGUGAGAGUACUGAUCGUUACAAAACUCCACAAAAUUUGAUCUUUGGACUUGAAACCCUCCAAAGCAAAUACUCAGAGAAUAUAGAAUACGUUCUGGGAUCCUCUGACCCUCACUGAACAAAGUGCGAUUUGACUGACGGGAAAAGGCGUCAGACACAAACCUCUGGGCCAGCCUCUCUCUGGCUAUGAAAGGUCACACGGCCUGACCAGCGUCCUGACUGGGUGGUGGUUUGCUGUUGCACAUGGGGCGCCAAGGUCUCCAGAGGCAAUUCUGUUCCUCUGCCCUCCAUUUCUAAUAAAAAGUUGAAACUUUUCUAUAAUUAAUUAUUUUAAAUUUGUUCUAUGUCCUGAGAGUUUCAUAUUCUGUAAUUACAGUUGUAUUGCAUUUUAGUCUUCACAGGUUUGUAGUAGUGAUUAAAUUUGUUUUAAAAUAGUUUACCUUGGUAAGACUAUUGCGAAUUAACCUUCAUAGAUAAAUAUACUUUGAGAUAGUUCGGUGUCAAUAAAUCUCCAUAAAGAACAUUACUCUAUAAAAUACCAAAAUGACAUGUCAUCAGUUUUCAGCUAUUUGACUCAGAAUGAAAUGCUGUGAUUGACAAAGACUUUUCUAACAUUUUUUUAAUCUUAAAAAACAAGUUGAAUACUGGAGACUGUUCAGCUGCUGACUGUGAUGAUGUUGAGAUGUGUAAGACUGUGGGGCUUUUGUAGUCUUGUUUUUUGUCAAACUGUUUAAUAUGUUUUGUGAAUAAAUUUUGUUUUUGAAGUCUGUAGAAGUUUUGAUUCUUUUAAUGGGAAUAAUAAAACCAACAUCAUCCCUU